UUCUUUUUUUUUGAUCGAGCAUUGCUUGUCCUUGUCACCCUUAUAUUUUCAUUGCUUUUCCCCAAUGUGUCCCAGCACAACACAAAUACUCAACCCCCAUUCUCAAUGGUCUCCUCAUCAUCCUCCUCCUCCUCCUCCUCCUCCUCCUUCCUCUGCAAUCCUCUCCUUUAAUUGAUACCAUUCUUAUUUCCACACAAAAGAAGCAGCCUUUGCUCCUUUCUCCAGGCUCAAUAGCAAACCCCCAAGACGAAAAUGGAAGGAAGCUCCACUCCAUUGACUCAGAAUUCAUCCACCUUUGGCAUUGGCAUUCACCCCAACGACCAGCUCCCCAACUGCUUCCUCGUCACCGGCUGGGAGGACUCCCUGGAUCAGGGCGAUCCCUUUGAGUCCGCCCUGAGCUCCAUUGUGUCGUCCCCGGUCGCGCCCCACGCUGGCGAGGGCGAGGCGGGCAUGAUCCGGGAGCUAAUCGGGAGGCUCGGCAGCAUCUGCGAUUCCGGCCAGGCCUCCCCGGGGUCCUACAACCACAGCACCACCAACACUCCCUGUUACAGCACCCCUCUGAAUUCGCCGCCCAAGCUCAGCCUCUCGAUGGCAGAUCAGCUCGCCCACGGGGGCUUCCCGGCCCCCGGCAGCCAUUUUCCGGGCCACCCGAGUUUCGUGUCGGUCAUGGCGGAUCCCGGGUUCGCCGAGAGGGCGGCGAGGCUCUCUUGCUUCGGCCCUAGGAAUGUGAAUGCCGCCAAUCUAAACGGUGGCCUCGGGUUGAAUGCAUCGGAAUUCCUGGGGAAACAGGCGAAUAAGCUCGAUUCGGGGAGAUUUUGCAGGGUUCCAAGCAGUCAGUCACUGAGGGCUAAUGUCGGAUCUCAAAUCUGUGCACAAGGGAAUGAGAGAAGCUUCCUCCAGCCAGGGGUCUCUACUUCGACCCCUGAAAAUGGAGAAAUGGGGGAAUCCCGCGAGGGGUCUUCGAUCUCCGAGCAGGUCACGCAUGGGGAGAUGCGUGCCAAUGGACAAAUCGACGUGAAUUCAAGAAAGAGGAAACCGAUCCUGAAAGCAAAAGGGCGAAACUCGGCUGUUUCUCCACAAUCUGCUAAAGAUUCUGAGGUUCCCAUGGAGAAUGAAGAACCGAUAACCAAGAAAAUCAAACCCGCCGAGACUGACGGCAAUGAGAAAGAUGCAGCAAAGGGGGACCAGAAACAGAGCAAGGAGAAUUCGAAGAUGGCGGAGCCGCAGAAGGACUAUAUCCAUGUGAGAGCAAGAAGGGGUCAGGCCACUGACAGCCAUAGCCUUGCUGAAAGAGUCAGGAGAGAGAAGAUAAGUCUGAGGAUGAAGGCUCUCCAGGAUCUCGUGCCUAACUGCAACAAGGUCACUGGGAAAGCUAUGAUGCUCGAUGAGAUCAUUAACUACGUGCAGUCCUUGCAACGUCAGGUUGAGCUUCUCUCCAUGAAGCUGUCGACUCUGAACCCCACAGUGGAUUUCAAUCUGGAGGCUUUCCUGUCAAAAGAUAUCUUGCACCCUCAAGGACCCUUACCAAAUUCUCUCUAUCCAGUUGAUUCGUCGGGGUCCAUGUUGUAUAGUUAUCAGCCCCCACAAGGACUAAUGCCGAUGCCAAGCGUCGUUUCCAGCAAUAUGGAUGCCCAAUUUCCAGUGAACUUUUUGAAUUCCGGAAUUCACAGAGAUGCCAGCUUGAACUUGCCUCUUUGUGUGGACAAUUACGGCGAAGCUUCUGCUCCGGCCCCAGCUCUAUGGGAGGAUGACCUCCAAAGUGUAGUCCAAAUGGGUCUCGGCCAGAUUGAGCCCCAGAGAGUAGAACAAGGCUCCCUGGCGACUUCUCAGAUGAAAGUUGAGUUGUAGUUCCCGCGCUAACGAACAAUACGAGUCCAACAAUUUACAAGGGGCCCUUGCAGACAAACACAGAGAGAGAGAGAGAGAGAGACAGAGAGAGCCCUAUGUAUAUACAGACCCGAUUCUUGAUCUCAGUAAUUGCUUAGUCAUUCUUUGAAGCAUUCUUUCCGAGAUUGUCGACAGUAGAACUAAUUGGGGAUCUUGUAUCUGAUAUAUAAGCAUUUUGUUUCGGCCUCUGGUGUCACCUUGCCAUUUCUAAAAUGCUGCAAUUUCUUUA